CAACAACCGAGUUCUGCCCUCUGAUGGGUAGCGCCUUGCGGCGCACAUUGGGUGGUUGUGGCAGCCGUCGCCGAACUUCUGCUGCCGCCUCCGCAGCAGCUGCCAAAGCAGCCAAUGCAGCCAUCGCUGAGGGAAGAAGUGUCUACGAGGCAGAUGAUGGUGCAUGGGUCCCUCAGGGUUGCGCGAAUCGCAGGGGAGGCAGCACAGAGUGUGGUCAUCGCCGGCGGCUUUUGUAGCGAGCAGGUGGCGAUUGCGGCCUUCCAUGCAGCAGCAGAGGUCACCAAGGACACGAUCCUUAGCCAUGCAUUGCUGGGAGUUGCCAGCGAAGCCGCUGGCAAGGCUGCCAUGGCAGCCGGAGCCAGCAAGAAGGAGGCUGCAAUGUACGCCGGCGAGGCUGCAGCUUCGGAUGCAAUUUUAUCCGGCAGCCUUGCGUGCAUUGCAGCCGAGCAAGCAGGCGAGGCUGCAGCGCAGGCGGCGCUGGCUGUAGGGGCUGAGCAGUCCGAGGCCGCCGAGCUGGCCGCCUUAGUGGCUGGCACGGUCGCGCGGCGUGCUGCGCGAGCUGACGGUGCGUCUGAGGAGGACGCAGGCGAGCUUUGUGCUGAUGCGGCAAAGCGAGCAGCGGAGUAUGCCAAGCACCUAACACCUGUCGCGGUACUGGUGACACCUGGAGCAGAUCCAGAGCCACAGAGCCAGGAACCAUCCCAUCGCUCUGGCUCACAAACCACAGGGCCGGCUCAGCACGGAGGUCCAGGCCGCGGUUUUCCUUGUCAGGUGGACCUGAAUCGAAUUUCGGAACCCACGCUCGGCCGAAGCCUUGAUGACAAUUAAUUGUCAGAAAGCCCUUAUCGGGGGACGCGUGACGGGGCUUGCAUUUCAGGC